CUCAGAAAAGCAAGUCAAUGGCAAUCAUCCUCGCUACCGCGUCUGAUAACAUAGCACCACUAAUCUUUAAAAUGAGCCUAGCCCUUCUAUAACCUCAAUAAUUUUUAAUAUCAAGCCUUAUUCUAAGAUCUUCACUAAACCUGCUAAAUCUUUUACAAGAUUGUAUCAUAAUCCAAUGCAGAAAAUUGCAUUUUCUUAGCCUUCACAAGACGCGGAAAUCACAGAAACAAUGGCCUCAUCAUCAUCUUCGACACCUGAAGGGUCUGCAGCAUCCAGAGAAAGCAGCUCAACAGCAUUAGAAUUUCCCACUCUCUGCCAGCUACCAUCUGCUUCAGUACUAAGUGGAGUUACAAUAGAGAUGGGAUCACAGACGUAUUCAUUUCAGCACUACUCACAACGAGGUCUCAGAGCUGGAACAUACUUGAGAUCAAAUACUUUUAAUGCUGGUAGGCACAAGUGGGCAAUCAGUUUAUACCCCAGAGGCAUAAAUGAUCAGUGUAGCGGAUACUUAUCGCUGUAUGUGUGCUUAAUGAGUGAAGAAACUGAUAUGUAUGCAAUGUUUCAGUUGACACUUGUUGAUCAGAGUGGGGAGGGGAAGCAUAAGGCCUGCAGGUUGCUCGGCAGGGGCAGGGAGAAGCAAGUUUCUGUGAGUCCAAGCCGCGGUAUUCAGUGGGGAUUCCCUCUUUUCAUGAACAAGAGCUAUUUGGAGGAAUUGGGCUAUUUGAAAGAUGAUUGCUUGGUAGUCAAAUGUGAGGUUGGAGUUCUUCCGCUUGACAUCUCAUCACCUGUUAGUCUCACGUCGAAUCAGUUGGCUUUACGGGUGGAUGAUCAGGUUAAGCAGUUUAAGGAAGUUCAGCGGAUGAAGAAGUCCAAUUGGGAGGAUACUGUGUUGUCAUAUCUGUUGUCAGUUGCAGAAGUGAUUAUAGAAUAUAUAUCUGCAACUGCAGUGGAAUAUGAUCAAGAGCACGAAAAAUUUGGUCACUACUGGAGUUCAGUAGCAACAGAUGACAUAAUGUUAUUGAAUGAUUCACUUGAGAUUCCAGAUCAUGGGAUACCAGGAAUUGAUUCAGUAAAGAUGUUACAGCUGGUUUUUCGGGAGAUAUUGGAGAAUUCACAUAGUGUGUGCAGCUCUGGGAGUUCUUCUCCUUCAAGUGUGACUAGCAUUUAUAGCUAUGAGUUGCAGGGAGGCAGUCAUACUACCUAUGAUGUGCUCUCUACAGAGCAAAUUCAUCGUCUCAGUAGUAUAGUAGAGAGGCUGAACUCAGCAGGAUGUCUUGGCGAUUGCAAUAAGGUAUACAGAGUUUCAAGGAAGUCUGCAGUGAAUGCAAGGCUUCAGAGGUUUGGCAUUCAGAAGUGGAACAUCCAUUACUUAAAAGGCCUGAAUGGGGAAGAUUUUACUAGAACUACCAGAUUGUGGAUUCUAGCAGCUUAUGAUUGCUUCCACAAUAUCUUUCCUGGAGAGAAGCAGUAUUAUGAACAGAUCUUUGGUGGUCUUGGAUCGGGCUCAUCUGAUAACUUCUUAAUGGCUAUUGUUAAAGAUGUUGCAGUUGAAUUGAUCGAUUCUUUGGAAGCUAUAAUCAAUGCUACUGCAUCAUUUCAGUAUCUGUUCGACAUUUUGGAUCUGUAUGAAGCUAUAUCUGUGGCCUUGCCCAAAAUUAAGGCCACAUUUCGGUCUGUAAGAUCAGUAGAUAUCUAUUCUGGGGCAACCAAGACUAUUGGCAGGCUCAUAAUUCUGGCCAGGAAAUUGCUUUCAAGCUUUGAGGAUGCGGUCCUUUAUGAGCAAGCAGACACACCACUUGCCACAGGCAAAAUUCAUUCUGCGACAAAAUAUGUGAUGGACUACGUAUCCAGGAUGUUAACUUACCAUGAUUCACUAGCAGAUAUUCUUGGAUCUAUGCCGGCUAAAAGUUGGAGAAAGUUAGAGGAAGACAAGUUCCUGGGAGCUCAGGCUAGAACUCCACUGGAACAUUAUGUGAGUCGGAUCAUAAUACGCUUGAGAAUCAACUUAGAGGGGAAAUCUUGUUACUACAGAGACCCUUCUCUGCGCUAUGCAUUUCUUCUCUGUAAUGUCAACCACAUCAUACAGAUUAUUAACGAGUCUCCAGAACUACUGGAGAUGAUUGGGGAGGAGUACUUAUCAAAGUUAAGCAAAGACAUCGAGACAACAGCACAAAACUAUGUUUCAAGCACUUGGGACAGAGUUUUGUAUAGUCUUGGAGAUGAUGGAUUGAAUCAAUGGUUUGCAUUCUAUAGAGGGUUAUCAGGAAACGCUUUGAAGCAGAAGCUCAAGAAGUUCAAUAAGUCAUUUGAAGAGGUCUGUGAGACUCAAUGCACACAGCUCGGGCCUCAUCUUCAGCUUCGAGGUCUGCUUCUUGAGUUGAUACUAAAGAAGUUGAUUCCAGCUUACAAAUCCUUUCUGGACAAAUUCACAGGGAUUGAAGGGUACAACCAAAGACACAUCAAGUACUCACUGCAAGAUCUUCAGAAUAAGGUUCACAUACUGUAUUUAGAACACUGAUCCUUUCCCCAGCGGGUUUUUCUGCUAGAAUUCUCAGUUUUUUAUUAAAAAAAACUAGAAUUCUCAGCUUUUUAUAAGUACUUAUAGUUUUUUAUACAAACGGGUCAAGAAAAUCGAAAGUCGACCUUUUAUCAAAAAAACUCAAAAGUGGUGUUUGCCGAACACGCGCUAAGUCUAAAUUUUCGAUGCGAAUGCAGGUGUCACGGCAAAAAUAAAAGUAUUUAGAUCGAUA